CUGGCACCAUGCCGAUCACUGGAAUCGAUGUCCUCAUUAUGUCAGAAAAUCCUCUGUGCAUUGAUGAAUAUAUCGCCAAAUUAACUAAUGCACCUGCGAGUGCCGGAUGCGGAGGCACUGCAAUCUUUAUUGGUACAUCUAGAAGUUCUUCCAAGAUAUCUGAUAAAGAGGUAAUUGCGCUGGAUUAUCAAGCAUACGUUCCUAUGGCUGAGAAGAAACUGAAAGAAAUCUGCUCUCAAUUACGACAACAGUUUAUUUCGAUUGGCUCCAUUGUACUGGUGCAUCGCAUUGGUUAUGCUCCUGUUGGCGAAGCGGGUCUGUUUGUUGGUAUAUCCGCCCCACAUCGGCAGGCGGCAAUUGAGUGUAUGGAUGCCGCUAUCACGGAAAUAAAAGCAAAGUUACCCGUUUGGAAGCAGGAAGUAUAUAUCGAUGGCUCUCGGUCCUGGACCGUCAAUCCCGAAUGUUUGUGGUCUGCGAAAGGAGCUGAAGCAUCGAAGUUGAACCAAACAGAAAAGGUUUUGGUAAAUGGAUCAACAUGACCAUGCCAUGAUAGUGAUGUCCAUUUUUCGCAGCUGUAAGAAGCGUUUAGAAUUGUGCCUUUUGGCGCGUAGCUGACAAUACUAUUUUGCUUUGGAUGCUUAUUUUUAUGGUGUUGGAAAACUUGAAACUAUAAAGCAAAAUAGUAGAAAUUACUUGGUAGUCUUGACAUAGCUACUGUAACUUAUUCAUGGCUGUCAGAAAGGCGGCAGAUUGAAUUUUUUUUAAACGCUUCUGUUCUUUGUUCAUAACUUGGCAUGGGAAUCGCUACACAGCACAGUUUUAGACUGUAAUUUUGCUGGAACAGUGUCCUUCAGAAAAAACCGAUUGGAUGAUUUGCUCACAUCGCAAGAAACGCUAAAUCAAAAUUU